UGUUGUACUUUAGUUCUCCUUCGGACUUUGCCUAUACAUACUUGCAUUCAUAACAUCCUUUUGAAUUAUUAUAAAAAAAAUAUGGGAAGACCGAUAUCUCUUUACUACGAUCUAAUGUCCCAGCCUUCAAGGGCUUUGUGGAUCAUCCUAAAGAUGAGCAAGGCCCCUUUCGAAGAUUAUCAAGUUGCAUUAAGAAAAGGAGAACAUAUGUCUACGGAAUUCAAGACGAUUAAUCGCUUUCAAAAGGUUCCAUGUAUUGAUGAUAAUGGAUUUAAAUUGGCCGAAAGCAUAGCGAUUUUAAGAUAUCUCAGUCAAAAGGGAAUUAUUUCUUCUGCUUUAUAUCCAACUGAUAUUAAAGAACAAGCUCGUGUCGAUGAGUUUCUUGAAUGGCAACAUCUAACACUUCGUCUUGGAUGUGCAUUGUUCUUUAGAGAAAAAGUUCUUGAGCCUUCACUGAGUGGUCAACAGCCAAAGGCAGAAAAAAUAAAAAAACUAAAACAAACCAUGGAAGGGAAUUUGGAUAUAUUUGAAAAGAUUUGGUUAGAAAAGGGAAAUUAUUUAUCGGGAGAUCGUCUAACAGCUGCUGAUAUAUUUGCAGCAUGUGAAAUUGAACAAACAAGAGGUGCUGGUUAUGAUGCAAGUGAUAAAUAUCCAAAACUCAAGGCAUGGAUUGGUAAAGUAAGAAAGGAAACAGGUCCUCAUUACGAAGCUGCACACAAGUAUUUAAAUAAAUUGGUUAGUGCUCAAGCGAAGGCCAAGUUAUAAGGAAAUAUUUUUCAAGUUAUGUGUUGUAUUGAAUAAUUUGUGUUUGUUGUUAAUAAAUUGGUGGCUUAUCAAGCACUAUAAAAUAAUAA